ACACAAUGGAGGACUGUUUGAAUGCAAUUGUGCAUCAGAAUCACCAAUUGAUUGAGAAAAUAGACCAUAUCUUAGCCAAGAAUCAGGAGAUUAUCUCUAAAGAGAAGACCAAACUUGGGAUGUACGAUGAGGAGCUAGAUGAUAUCAGCAAAUAAAUUAUACCAGAACAACCCUUCUAAUGAGUACGAGCUAUAUCAUGCGAAGGAUUCCCUUAAUGAAAGACUUAAGAUUAUUCACAAGAUCAGCAGAAAGGGUGAGAAGGAAGAAAUGGAGAUAUUCGAAGCAGAACUCAAUAAAUCAGACCGAAUCGUUACGAUAGAGUCUAAGAUUAGAACACUGAUCUGAGCUGCCUUUGGAUUUUGCUCUUUCUCUGAAUUUGAGUGGAAUAUGAUCAUCGAUCACAAUACUAUCAUGAAGAACUUGAAUGAAGUCGAUAUUUACAUGUUCGAUGAUGAAGAAAUUAAGGAUCAAAUCAGCGUUCUCCAACGGGAACUUGAUAAUGACGAAACCAUAAUGGAUGUCAGUCUUGGAGAUAAGCUAGACUUCUCAUACCCAGUUAUCAAGACCAGAUAUGAUGAUGCUGACAUAGAAAACAUCCCACAUCAUGUCCAAGGGAUUGACCCAUUGCUUUAUCAUCUUCUAAUAUGGGCAACUUUGAAAAAUUCUAUUCUAGAAAUGAGCGAUGAGGACCUAAAAAAUGAGAACUCCCAAAAACUAUUACAACACAAGAAGGAAUGUCUCAGAAAUUAUAUUGAUAACUUUAAAUCAAAGUUGCGGAAGUUUAGGUACGAGCAAUCUGACCUUUUGGACUUGAAGAUUAACUUCCAAAAAGUCACGGAGAGAAUACUUGCCUAUUUCAGGCAAAAGAAAAAGCCUAGGAAGAUAUAUAAAUAACUUUGAGCAUUCCUUUCUGAAAGAUACUUUGAAAAGCCUUGAGAAAUUGCAUAACAAUCCAUAUUUUAGCAAAGAUACGGAAGAUAGCAAAGGUCUCAAACGUUGGCUAGAAAAUGACAGAGACCACUUGAGAUUUUUGAAGGAAGAAGUGAUGAUGGAGCUAGGCCUUGCUGAUGAAGAAGAGCUCUACAGUCAGCAGGAAGAAAGCGAGGAUGAAGGGAACAUCACUAUUGAAAAUUUUGACAAUGGCAUCAAACAUACAGCUAAUGUCUAUUCUGUAAACUUCAAGGAGAGGGCAUUUACAUAUAAGAUUAAUAACUCAGAAUCCGAAGGAGGCAUAAAUGUUCCUAAUUUUUAAGCCAAA